CUAAAAUUAAGCUUGUUUCCUAAAACCAUGAAGCAAUGACUUAUUUAGUGUAAAACUCAUCACAUUUUAUCCUGGCGUCGUUGAGAAGUUGCAUACACUAUCUAUGGAGCUCACAACAUCGCUGUCACUUGUCACUGACUCCAACCAGACUGCCAAGAAUGAGUCAUUUGUGGACUGUUCACGUGAGAGCACUCUGAAGACAACCGUGUUCCCUCUUCUCUACACCAUCCUCUUCAUCCUGGGCUUGUCACUGAACGGCCUGGCAGCAUGGGUGUUCCUCCGAAUCCCCAGUAAAUCUCACUUCAUCAUCUAUCUGAAGAACAUCGUGGUGGCCGACAUUAUCAUGACCCUCACCUUCCCCUUCAAGAUCCUCGCCGGUGCGAACUUAGCAUCAGUCGGUGAGCGUGUGUUCGUCUGUCGAGUGUCAUCUGUGCUCUUCUACCUCACCAUGUACAUCAGCAUCCUCUUCUUUGGCUUGAUCAGCAUCGAUCGCUGCAGAAAGACCAUUCGGCCGUUUGUGGGCACCAACCCUAGACGCCUGCUGUAUAGAAAGCUCCUCUCGGGCUUCAUAUGGAUGUCGCUCUUGGCUCUUUCUCUGCCUAACGUAAUCCUGACGAGCCGGCCCAGCACUUCAAGCCACUUUAAAUGCAGUGACCUCAAGACAGAGAUGGGACUGAAGUGGCAUGAGCUGGUCAACCAUGUGUGCCAGGUGAUCUUUUGGGGAAACCUUGUAACUGUGAUAGUAUGCUACACGCUCAUCUCAAGAGAGCUCUACAAGUCUUACGCCCGCACACGAGCUCAACACCAGGCAAGGCCAGGAACGAAUGCACCUCAGAAGAAGAACAUUCAAGCCAACGUGUUCCUGGUGUUGGUGGUCUUCUUUGUUUGCUUCGUUCCCUUCCACUUCGCCCGAGUGCCGUACACCAUCAGCCAGACCCGAGUACGCAUGUUCGAUUGCCAGCAGAAGCUUCUUUUCUUCCAGCUGAAGGAGACCACGCUGUGGCUUUCCUCUCUUAACUCUGUGCUGGAUCCUCUCAUCUACUUCUUCCUCUGUAAAUCAUUCAGGAGCUCAUUGUUUAACACCAUGCGCCUGUCUCCGGGCCGCUGCAGGGUGCUCAGGGAGCUCGGGACAGACUCGGCCAGCACUUCUCAGACAUGAAGGACACAUAGCCUUUCAGUGCUGCUGUAAACACUCUCAUCAAUGUGAAAAUGAUAGGGUUCUCCUACACUGAUAAUCUUACUGACAUCAAUAUUCUUCUUUGUUUAAACAUAUUUUUGUGCUCCGAGCUGGGCAGUAACUGAUCACAUGUAAUCUUGAUUAAUCAGGGCUGUAUUUCCCAAAAGCACCAUAACUUUAAGUACACUGUAGACCCACUGAAACCAAUGGAGCUAUGAUCAAUGAUGCUUUUUGGAAAUGCAGCCUAGAUUCCAAAAAUCGAGUAGGGCCUACUUGUAACUAUAUUAAAUUACAUUUUAUAAAACUCAUAAUCAGAUUACAGUUACUUUUUAUGGAUUACAUAUUAUUUACACAGCAGCUAUAUAUUUAUUGACUGACUCAAAUUCCUCUUUUUCACCUUUUAAUGUUCCUCUCUAAAAUAGUCCACGGUUUAUACACAUUCAGAAACUCUUCCAGGUUUGUGGAUGCUCACACAGAGAUCAGUCAGUAAUCAUGUGGCUAGACUGCAUUUGAUCACUGGACAUACACAAAUCAUUUCAGGUUAAGAAGUGUUUUUUAUAACUACUGAUAUAUACAUAAUUUUUAAUUGAAUUAUCACUCAGUAGGUUAUUUAACCAAGUAUUUCUAUAGCUUUGGGAGGCUUUUGUCUUUCAAACACAUUAAAAUGCACAAAUUCCAAAAAACUGUCAUCUGAUCCUUUUUCACCUAAUACAUUUUCUCGUAACACGAUAUUGUAAUAAAAAUAUUUUAAUAAUUACAUAUCACAUUUGCAUGUUCAUGGUUCUCUGACACAGGUUAUGGUCACAUGAUAUGCGGGUAAACUAAUUUUAGUAAGUGUUUUAUUUUGAUCGAUUUUAUAAUGGCUUAUUUUAAGUCAACAAUUAUAUGAUUUAAUUAACUUUUAACUUUUCAUUAAACUUACAAACCCCAGUUUGGGAAACAUUGAUGUAACAUAUUUUUAAAUGCACUUAAACAUUUUAAAAAUAAUGAAUAAACUUUUUAUAUCAACAUGUGACAAGAAUAUUCUAUCUAAAUCAAUGUGAAAAAUGAAAUAGGUCACAAGUGUUAAAAAUAGUCUGAUUAUAUUGACCUAAAAUGCAAUUUUUGUCAUGUAAUUUGGAAUCAGUAAUGCAUUACUAUUAAGUAAUUAAUUAAUUUACCCAGUUCGGAUCAUGCUGUAAAAGCUACACUAGUGAAUCAAAUGUUUUAUUUUUAUGCUUUUCUCUCUUAUUCAAGUGUAUCUUGGAAACUUCAGUGUUACCUCAGUGUUAGACAUUGGGGUAACACUUUAUUCAGUCGUUGCAACUAACUUUAACUAAUUUUGCAACUACAUGUCAACUAGCAGUCAUUAGAACCGUUGCAUGGGCUGUGUUAAGUGUGAGACUACAGGGCCUUGUGUAAUUUGGUGAAGGGAUUGUGAAUUGACAAAAGCCCAGGAUUUAAAGGGAUUUCAGAGAACAAAUUAAAAAUUGAAAAAUUGUACUGUAAUGCAGUUAAACUAUUUGCAAAUAAUGUUUAUUUCAAAAUAUGUAAAAAUUAACUCUUAAUCAUAUGUUGAAAACGGCUCUGUUAAUGUGUUUUGUGUCGUCACAUUAAAACUGAUAACAUGGAUCAGAAUGACAUAUUUUCAAAUUAAAAAUCAAAUUUGCAACUUUUGACAAGAGAAGUCUCUGGAUGACUGUCAGUCAUUUAGCAUUUGACAGAGUAUAUUAAAUUGUUUAGGUGGCCUACCAUAUAAAAUUAAAUAAUCUGUAAAAUCGCUUUAUUCAUAAUUCACUAUAAACAUGCUUUCUGCUCACUGAUCUCCCUCUCUCAUAUACAUAGUAAUUAGAUAUACUAAAUUAUAUCACCUAUAUUGUAGAUUGUUUCCGCCCUUUCCAACGUCACUCUUUAAUUACAUCAUCUUCAUUUCUAUAGCAUUUUAUACAAUACAGAUUGUUUUAAAUCCUCUUUACAGAGAUACACAUUGAUAAUGAAACAAUCUCAUCUAUGUAGAUAGUUUAGAUUCUGCUGUGAAGUAGCUCUAAAAGACAACAGAGACGUUGUUAAGCUUAAGUUAGUCAGUGUUGACUCAACAUUUCUACACCAGAGCAAAUACACACAAAACACAUAUCAGAAUCAAAAUACACAAUGUAUUCACCAAAUGGGUUUUCACUAAAUGAUUUUAUGGAAGAAAUAUAUUGAAUCAUACUGUACAUACAGGCCUUCAAACACAAAUAAACAUCAUUUGUUUAUUCAACAAGAACUAUAAAAUGUGGAGACAGGUAUCUCUGAGCCUUAAAGCUGUGAAGACUUUGCGCUUUUGAAAUUUUGGCCACUACAAUGGCUUUAUGUGUCAUGGUUGGUAAACCGUGGCCUCAGGUUUUGCACUAUGUGGGUGGAGUGAGUGUGUGUCUUGUGUUUGUCAGAGCGUUGUAUGCAGUCCCAAGUGUUACUUCCUGAUUCUCUCGUUCCUGUUUCAUGUUCUUCUUGUCACUGGAUUGUCUUGUCACGGAACCCCAUCCACCCCUCAACUUCCACGGCUUCACCACUCACCUUCACAGCUCUCCCACCACAGUUCCUAUGUCACGCUCUCCUGCUGCCUACUCACCAUCAUGCCCUGGAUCACCAGUGAGCAUUUUCACUUCCUGGACCUGCAACAGUCACCCAGCCUCCUGUCUCUGUGUUAUUUGUUUGUCUGACUGUUUAAUAAAUUCUUAUUACUCAC